CUGUGGGAGACUGGAGAAGACGGCUACCUGUUAGUCGAGCGAAUUACAAAGUUGGAGUCUGGAUACGGAGAGUCGUUCGAGCUUUCUGUAGUGGACGGCGAGCGGCGAGCGUCCGUCGAGUGGUCCGAUCAUGAUGGCCUGCACAUCUCUGCCGUCUUGCAGGAUAGGCCGAUUGGCUUGUCUGCCGUGGGCCUCGACUACGAUACCCUGGUCGCCUGGGACGAGCAUAAGUCGCUCGAAAACAGCAUCGAAUUCGACGGUCACCGGUACUACUACCGGAACAGCUACGAAGUCCGUUACAACGAAGACGACGAGGGCUUCUGGCUAUGGGAGUUUGUUCGAGAGGAUGAGGAGGGUGGGGUGUCGGUGGUCAAGUGGGAGGGUCUUCCAUUUGAGGUGUACGUCUCUAUCGCCGUGUCUCCCCAUGUCGUUACUGUCUAUCACAAGUAG